AUGGAUAUUCUCGUUGAUAGCAAUUUACGCCCUUGGCUAAUUGAGAUGAAUAUAAGCCCUUCUCUCCAUUCUUCAACACCUUUGGAUAUUGCAGUAAAAGCCCCAUUAGCAAAAGACACGCUUAUUUUGGCUGGAAUUCCUUUUCCAGAAAUUCGUGAAGAUAUUUGUGAUGUUCUGACUGGCUCUGAUUUACGAAUUUUAAGUAAGGGGUAUUUUUUAAAAAUUAAAUGGGGAAUUUUAUAUCUAGGGAUGACAGAACUAGUUUUUUGGACACAUUUUUUAUUAAAAACGGUCUCAUUUUACCUUACACUCCCACUUAUCUAGAUUACUUAUCCAAGCCUCUAUUUACUACUCUCUCAAUUAUUUCAAGACUUACCCUAUUUAAAAUGCCCCCUUAUUCUC